CGUGCUGCUGCGCGCCUCGCUCGCGCGCGCGCAGCCCUUCGUGGCGCGCGUGGCGAGUCUGUGGCAGAACCCGGACGACGGCGAGAUGAUGGUGUCCCUUGUGUGGUACUACCGGCCGGAACACACGGAGCACGGGCGGCAGGCGGUGGACGCGCCCGACGAGGUGUUCGCGUCCCGCCACCGCGACGCCAACUCCGUCGCCUGUAUUGAGGACAAGUGCUACGUGCUCACCUUCAACGAGUACUGUCGAUACAGAAAACGGCUAAAAGCAGCCGAGGAGGGCCUGACGAUCGCGCCGUCGAUCGUGCCGCCGCUGCCGGCCGCCGACUACAACCCGGCGCUGGCCCCCAACGACGUCAGGCUGCCCCCCUCCGUGUCCCCCGAGCUCGUUCUCUUCUGCCGCAAGGUCUACGACUUCCGAUCCAAGAAGAUCCACGUCCCCAACAAAUGAACCCGGCCCCGGGACCCCUGGAUCAAGUCGACAGCCCUCCGGCCGAGCCGAACCGUGGGUGCAUUUUUAUAAGUAAUUUCUAAGAACGAACACCAAAGUUACGUUACGGAGUUUUCUUUGCCGGCGGCGGCCGUGUAGUGUCCCCCACUUAGUACAAAGCGACGGUCCGGCGCAACGUAGAUGUGUGACCCGCGCCAUUUAUGUCAGUAUCGUUGUGUUUAGUGAUCGCCGAUUGGUCGUUACUUUGCUUGUGUCGUGAUUGCAGUAGAUAUUCCUUUAAUGUAUAUUAAACAGUGAUUUGCUGUAUUCGAUUGAUUUUAUGAUGAAUAUUUUUUAUCAAAGGAUGCCUUUUAUAAUGUGUAAGUAGUUGUAAGUGAAUCAUGAUCGACGAUAGACUCAUGAUUGUGGUAAUAGCGAUAUAUUUCCUUUUGCUUCGGGACGUAACUUGUCCCAAUUUGUCUCAUUUUGGUAGCAUUAAUAUUGAAAUGGUGUGAGUGCCAGAUGUCUGUAACAUUAACUUGUAUGGCUGGUACGAUUUUGUUUUACGAUUAAGUUUCUUUUUGGCUAUUUUAAAAAAGCAUUUAUUUAACAAUUUACUUUUAAUUGUUAUAACUGUUAUAAAAGUAGAGUCUAUAUUAAAUUAUUCUUUUAUUAUUUAAGAAAAUGAAACAAAAUCGUCAUUGUGAAUAGUGUCUGUGCAGGCCAGUUGAGGCGUGCAUUACAAUCAUACCGUGUUCACUUCUUAUACAAAAGUGAGCACCGUAUUACCACAAAAGAUACAACAGCCAUUUGACGUAAAUAUAUAGUCAAAAUAAUUUCAUCACAAAAAUUUUAACUAAAAUCUUGAUGCUCACUUUUGCCAUCACUUCUACCGUGGUGGUGAAUAUACAAGUAUUAUGAAUCCCAUACUGUAAAAUGCAUUUGAGCCGUUUGUCAGCAGUAGACUUAUUUUGUAUGAACUGGCUAAGCUUAGCCUGUAUUUGUAAUGAAGAUAAUAAAACCAUGCCUUUAAAGGAAUUGAUUUAUCGAUUGCAUUUUGGCUUCGAUCAUUCAAAUUGGUUUACUGAAUUCGCAAGAGCUCUCAGUACUUUUACAAAAAGACUGAUUUUGCAGAAGUGAAAUAUUUGUUGUUUUGUCCAGUACCUGUGUCAAUUCCGGAUCUUACCACAUUGCGAUUAUUUUCCAUUGCGUCAGCCAACAUAAAAAUAAACAAGUGGGAUCAUUGUAACAUAUUUGAAUGUAAUAUUAGUGCAUAGAUGUAACAAAAACACUUUGAAUGCAAAGAGAUAUAUUGUAUGAAUGUCAUAGUGAAAUCUCUUUAUCAUUAGAAACAUAAUUUUUAAGUAGUGCGGAUUUAUGAAAUAAAGAUUUAUUAUAUUAACGUUGUGAUUCCCGCGUGGAUGUUUGUAAAGGGCAUUUAUACGUUUGCAAUUUGUACCUAUCUCAUUCUGUCUUCACUAUUUCUUACAAUGUAUCUCUCAAUUAGGUUCGUCUGUCCUUCGGUUGAUGUAUAUUAAAUUAUGUUGUACAUAGAACUCUUAUUUUUGUGAGUAGGUCUUGAUAAUGUUAAUAAAUUAUUGUUCUUGCCAGUGAGAUCAUUAUCCUAAUAAGAAGGCAUCUGAAACGGCUAGAUGUUUAUUUCGAAUGCUCCUGCGUUCGAUGGGAACUGAUAUUUACAUUCCUCCUACAAUCUUAAUAUGUAACAUUGCGUGCAUUUCUAUGAGAGCACACGUUUAAUACGGUACGGGAUGGUGAAAAACUCAAUAUAUCCAUACAAAGUACCCCAUCUUGAUACUGUAUUAUGCAGCAAUGAAAAAGUUAAAUAAAGAACGAAGUUUUAAAACCACCAAAGCCGUUUACAACGCUAUUAAAAUAACUACUAUCAUCACAAUCUCACUGGUUGUCUAUUCCAAAGCUUUCUUUAUCUAUUCUUUUUUCGUUGCUUGAUGCCAAAAAUUUAGCUGCAAAAAUUCUAUUAUUCAGUAAAGAUACAAAUUUCCUUCUAUUUAGGUUACACGGAUGGCAGCGGAGUUUGCGCAUGAUUUACCAACUGUUCUAUAUUUAUUCAAUAGGGAUUUUGAGACCAUAAACAUUAAAUUCCAAAGAUGUUAUCUUCAAAAGAAAAAAUGAAAAUGUUUAUUUUCAAAAUCAUGUUAGUAAAUACUAUUCUUUAGCCAAUUGACAAAAAAGUGACGACACCCUAAUAAUUUUUUGAAGUCAACUGGCACAUCAUUCUGGUUUCUUAAAGUUUUUGUACUUACAUAAAAAAAAAUGUUUUGAUUCUAAAAUACUGUUUUGACUAUUUGGGCGCCUUCAAAUUAGAGGCGUGAAGAAGAAGCGUUGCAGUGGCGCCACUGUGGCUACGUCUCUAAUUUGAAGGUACCCUAAGUGUCCAUUGAUUGGUGAUGUCAACGUGCCUAUUGUUGUAAGAAAGCCCUAACAUUGAAAUAAUGAUCAUAUUUUAUGUUGAGACCUCGAUAAGGCACUUUUAGACAAAGGUGAAAAUGGACGGCCACCGAUGUUGGACUUUGAAACAACCAUAGUCAGAUUAGAGAAACAAGAAUUUCAUUAAAUACCGACUUGAAUAAAUAUUUUGAUUCCAUUUAUCGUGUUACCUGUGCGCAGAUUACGCUGACAUUGCUACUCAUUAUCUAUUAAUUAUUAGAAUUAAUGAGUGAAUUCCAUAAUAAUAAUGUUACUAUAAGUGAGCUCUCCCUUGCUUGUAGCUGUUUUUUUUAAUAAACCUGUUACCUUAAAUGGAAUUUACCUCAUUAAUCACGUUUUUUUAGUCAAAUGAUUUUUAGGAUAGGUUUACUAAUAAGAAAAAAAAAUACCUUGUUUUUAUUAUUUAUUUUGUUUCAAUGGAAAUUAUAUAGGUAUAUUUUUAUUAUUGUAACCUACAUAGUUAUGUUGGCUGUAAUUUAAUAUUGAUGUAAUUAAUAUAUGUAUUUUUAUUUCAAAA